GUGUGUGGUUCUGCCCCGUGGGACUCGGCGGCGGGAGCGGGAGCUUCCGCGGGGCUGUUUCCCGAGUCAGGCUGUGCCCUGUGGGGCGUGAGGAGCACUGCCUUUUCGUGCUGCUCCUGUUGGUUUCUGCACCCUCCCGCCCUACCCCCUUCCCUCGCCGCGAAGGGCCCGGGUGGAGUGGGUCUUGUUUGCUGUCACCGUGCGCACCUGCACGUGGCAGGCGCAACAGAACAGCGCGGACUAGGUGGGAAGCAGGAUGGGGUCUCUCUAGGUGCCGAACUUGGCCCCAUCCAUGAGUAGCCUGGCGACCUUGGCCAAGUCCCUUGGAGUUUUGGCUUCUUCGUUUGAAAGGGGCUGUGCCACUGCACCCUUGCUGGUCGUUAGCGAGGGUCAGGGGUAUCUGGAGCACCUCGCACUGGGCAGUACACGCAGGUACCCCGUUUUUCUGAAAAGAAUUGACCAUGUCAGAAUGAGAGGAGGUUCUCUGUGCACACUGCCAGCUGUGGGACCUUUGAAGACAAUAAAGUAGUAUUCAUUCUACCGGGAGCUCGUUGGGAUCCAGCUAUGGUGAAAAAUGUUUCGGAAAGGCAAAAAGCGACACAGUAGCAGCAGUUCGCAGAGCAGUGAAAUCAGUACUAAGAGCAAGUCUGUGGACUCCAGCCUCGGCGGGCUCUCCCGAUCCAGCACCGUGGCCAGCCUCGACACGGACUCGACCAAGAGCUCAGGACAAAGCAACAACAAUUUAGAUACCUGUGCGGAAUUUCGGAUAAAAUAUGUUGGUGCCAUUGAGAAACUGAAAUUCUCUGAAGGAAAAAGUCUUGAAGGGCCUCUAGACCUCAUUAAUUACAUAGAUGUUGCCCAGCAAGAUGGAAAGUUGCCUUUCGUUCCUCUGGAGGAAGAAUUUAUCAUGGGAGUUUCUAAGUAUGGUAUAAAAGUAUCAUCAUCAGAUCAAUAUGACGUCUUACACCGGCACGCUCUGUAUUUAAUCAUCCGCAUGGUAUGUUACGACGAUGGCCUGGGGGCAGGAAAAAGCUUACUAGCCCUGAAGACCACCGAUGCCAGCAACAAGGAGUACAGCCUCUGGGUGUACCAGUGCAGCAGCCUGGAACAGGCACAAGCCAUCUGCAAAGUUUUAUCCACCGCUUUUGACUCUGUAUUAACAUCUGAGAAAGCUUGAAUUCUGCAGCCCAGUGGAAGCCAGCCUCGUGCGGAAGGGCAGUAGGUUUCCAUCUGUAGUGCUGAACUACUCUGGAGAUCGAAAGUGAUCCCUUGCUUGAGAUUUUCUGAAGAAAACCAGUGUAUAAAAUAGUGGUCAUUUGCUUUUCUAUUAAAAUGUCUUAUUACA